AUGGGCACCAUUCUGCAGGAGCGCGCGCCACAACAACACGCGGAGAGGGUUUCCAUCAUCAGGGACAGGAAGAACAACACGCCUAAUGUGGCCAGCAGCAGAAUGGGCAGACGGCAGGCACAAAGGAAGCCGGUGCAGCCGCAGUACAUGUUGCCAAGUCAAGAAAAUAUUAAUGAGAAGAGGCUUCAGCAGAGAAGGAAGCAGAAGCCAAACCCCCCCUCCACCAAACGAGCUACCUCUCAUCACAGAACUCAGGGAUCCUCAGAGUCAAAGACCCACCCUCCGUCUCCUACAGAGGACAGAUCUUCUCAGCAUAAAGAACACAGCGGUGUAACAACCAGCCGACACUCAGCAGCUUUUCCCUGCCACAAUCUGUCAAAAACCAGCCCUGAUCUACUGGAAACACCUUCAGAGGUAGGAGUUCUGAGCGUCGAUGGCGACAGUGACAUCGACUUGUCUGAAUCAGAGAGACUUCCUGUGGGCUCUUUUAGCCGUGUUCCCCCUCAACUCCAUCUGAGACCAGAAGUCAUCGAGGCUGAAGACCUUUCCUCUCGCUGCCAACGACCCAGAGGACACGGACUCGGUGCUUUUGACUUCCCGGACUUCCUGCCUCCACCUUUUAACUCGUGGAGUCUGAGUCAUCUGGCGGUUUUCUACAACACGGAGGGUCGGGGGGCUCCAAGACCCAGAGCUGUGGGCCCUUUGGAAAGAUACUUAGAGAGGCUUCUUCAACUGGAGUGGAGGAAAAUCCAGACUGUGGAGGAGGAAGGUGGGAAUUCGGGAGAUCUUUCCUCCAGCUGCCAUAAAUCUCCUGCGUCCUCCUCCUCUCGCCUCAGCUCUCCGAAGUGUAUCCUUCAGUGUCAGCGCUCCUUCCCUCUCACCUUCCUCUCCUCUUUGGCCAAUCACUCGGCACUACUUUCUGGAUGCGCUUGCACUAUCUGCCGGAUACGAUACUCCGCUUGUAGCACUUCCUGCUGCCGAUCAACAUCCAGGAUUCCCAGAAGGAGCCACAGCGAGAGUCGGAUUCCUUCCUCGGACAGGAUCUCCAGAAAUCCGAGGUUCAGCAGCCCUCUGAGGAACAGCCACAUGAAGAGGAUGCAAGCCUCAGGGAAUCUACGUAACCCGGUGCAAGGUGAUGAUGAGUGUCCGUCUACUUCUGAAGAAAACAGGGUUACAGAGGUGUUGGACUACAGGACUACAGGAGGAGGGGUUGGGAGGAGGAGGAGUGGAUCAGCGCAAAGAAGAGGAGGAGGAGAAGAAAGACUAGAGAAAAGAAGGAGUGGUUCUGAGGUUAGACGAGGAGGAGAAGAAAGACUAGAGUUAAGAAGGAGUGGUUCUGAGUGUAGAAUAGGAGGAGAAGAAAGACUAGAGAAAAGACUAGAAGAAAGACUAGAGAAAAUACGGAGUGGUUCUGAGUGUAGAAUAGGAGGAGAAGAAAGACUAGAGAAAAGACGGAGUGGUUCUGAGUGUAGAAUAGGAGGAGAAGAAAGACUAGAGAAAAGACGGAGUGGUUCUGAGUGUAGAAUAGGAGGAGAAGAAAGACUAGAGAAAAGACGGAGUGGUUCUGAGUGUAGAAUAGGAGGAGAAGAAAGACUAGAGAAAAGACGGAGUGGUUCUGAGUGUAGAAUAGGAGGAGAAGAAAGACUAGAGAAAAGACUAGAAGAAAGACUAGAGAAAAGACUAGAAAAAAGACUAGAAGAAAGACUAGAGAAAAGACGGAGUGGUUCUGAGUGUAGAAUAGGAGGAGAAGAAAGACUAGAGAAAAGACGGAGUGGUUCUGAGGUUAGACGAGGAGGAGCUGGGCUGAAGGAUCGGGAAAUAAAACCAGACGCUGUCGCUGCAAUAAUGGACAAUUUACCUGGUUUUAAAAAGUCUCCAGCAAGCAGACAGAAGCAGGUGGACUUUGUUACAUGACAGCAGGUUGUAAGUGUAAUCCGUAUGCAAUAUUUGGAAACUUCACGUCAAAUAUUUCAUUAAGAAUGUAUGUUUUCAACGACAGGAAGUGCAGCAAGAUUUGAGUUUUUUCAUUACUGGAUGUCAUACUCUGCCAGAUUAGUCUCUUAGAAUAUUAUGUUUAAUCCAAUGCUGUUAUUGCAGGUAUAUAAAGUCAUGCAACAGUUUACGUGUUUACAUGCUCUACAGAUCCAUUUACUUUUACAUUUGAAUCAAGCACAAUACACUAUAUAUUAAUCUGUGUUCAGGAAUGUUGAUUCUGUUUUGGUUUGUCAACAACCUGCUGAAAAAUAAAGGUUUACCAAACUAUUAUAACUGGCAGAUGUUAUUUUUUAGAAGUCAAAAUAGUGUGAAAAUGCUGUAGUUAAGGCUUAGUUCAA